GUUUUAUUGGUAUUUAACCCAUCCCACUUCCGGCUGUAUUUGCAGCCGCCGCUCGUAAAUAAUUUUCUAGUUACGUCAUCUUUGUCUAGCAGCAUAUCAUUCUCAACCGGCUAGUAAACACAUCGCCAAUGGCGAUGGAAGGCACAGCCAACAAACCCAAGGGCCCUGAACCCCCAAGUCUGCCAACUUCGAACCAAGAUGGGCAGGACAGCGGUGCAAACAAUCCUGGCGUUUCUGGUUCCUCUGUGGGCGAGAGCGCCCACGCCGAGGAACAGAGUAAUGCCACCUUCAGUCAUGAGGUUCAAGCCUUAAAGAUGAAAAUCUUUGCACUUGAGCAACAUCUCAACCGCAAAUCUAUCACUAAAAAGUCCGACGAAAAAUCCACUUUCCAAGAUGCAUCACAAGCUCAAGCUAGGGCCGAUACUGAAAAGGAUGAGUUUGAUCACGAAAUCGAUUUCUGCGCCCGUAGGGACAGGAUUCGCAAGAACUUCGAGUGGGAUCUGGAUCGUUUGUUUCUGGCAGAGGAAGUUGACAAGCGCAAACGGAAGAAAGCGAACGACAAACGCGACACUAAAGUCAUGGAUAAGAUGGACUCGGCCAAGCCUGAACCCAACCGCAUGGACUGGUUGUCGUUCCAGCGUCUGUAUGAUGCGCCAGAGAAGGAAUGCUGUGUUAUUGAUAUUCUUAUCGGAGAGCCCUCCGACGACAGCUUCGGGAGCUCACGGGGUUGGUAUGGCUACGCUGAUUCGGAUAUGUCUCAAGCACACAAUGAACUUGCCUCUCUCGCACCUGGACAAGGACCACUUCCCGAGAGAAUCCGAGUUCACUCUCUUGUCCUACGAAAGAUUCUGGCCGAUAUUCUCAGGUCGGUUGCUGGGGAUCGCAUUAACGCCUUAGCAAAUCCUGAUGUUCCCGCCAUCUUGUUCAUUAGGCCUUUCAAGGCACUCUUCUAUGCGGAAAAGGCGUUAAGGGCUUGGUAUGCUGCACUGGAAAAAAAUACUGUUGAAGAAAAGAAAGACAAGGAAAUGGAUCAAGGCCAAGGCGGUGCCGAAAGAAACAGGAAAGAGGAAAAGGAUAAGGACAGCGAUGAAAAAGACACAACCAAGUCCAGAACGGCCAUGGUGAUUGGCCGUGAUGGAAAACAGGCCUAUCGUGUUGUCAAACUAGGAAGCGCUCCGCAUCGCGUCGUUCCUGCCUGGCAGAGACGGAUUUCAGACAAAAGGCAGCGUCCGAUUGUCCCCUUCAGCAUCACUUGUGUCUACAUUGACUUUGACGGGAAAAGCCUCGGCCCAGUGUGGAAGACCUUUGAAUUCCAACGUUUUGAAGGCGAGAGAGACAUCAUUUCAUUUCCAGUAUACCCGCUUCAUUUUCACGCUCCAAGAAGGCUAGGCUCUACCGAGGAAGUAAAGAAGGAGCUUGAGUCCCUUUCUGUGGCGGAAACACACCGAAAUACACUUGUUUCUCGGGGGAUAAAGUUCCUCGAGGCUGCCGGGGUGAAACAUGCAUAUUACGCCGGGCCCACGCAGGGAAUUCGCGAUGAAGUUGAAAGCGAAGUUGUUGUCGAUUUUGAAACUGCAUUCUCGGUGGAAGACAAGGAGCAGCAAAAGUGGAAACCAGCCUUGGACGUGAUGCUGGGCAACCCCCCUCCGGUGGAGUUGGGACCAAAUGAAGAGCAAGAAGGAAUCCAGCCCUGUCGUGCAGCCUGUUGUGCGAACGAAGUCGUCCAUGAUGACACAUAUAUCGACCAGACUCAGAAAGACGAAUACGUGGAGGGACUGUUGCCGAAAACUCACGAUGUGAAUGAGCAGCCUUCGGUUGCUGUCAUUCCACGACUUCUGACGGAAUUGAAAACUGCCAAUGCGACUUAUGGUUAUACAGUCUCCGAUGAUGAGCGAGUGAUUAUGCCAUAUCGUGUGUUUGGGUUCGUUCUUCGUAGCCGGAAAUGGGCCCAGUUAGAUUUGUCUCAUCUAAAUGAGGUAACCGCAUCAUCGGAAUCAGUCAAUAGCAACCAAGACAAGCACCUGAACAACAAGGAGAAUAAACGUGAAACUGCCUUCCACAACCUUGUUCUCGAAGACGGACACAAGCCAAUGAUUGUGUCAUUAAUCGCCCAGCAUUUCAGAGACAAGAGGUCCAAAUCUGGAGAUAAGGAGCAGGUUGAUAUUGUCAAGGGCAAAGGCAAGGGCCUGAUCUUCCUCCUUCACGGCGCCCCUGGAGUGGGAAAAACAUCCACGGCUGAAGGAGUUGCCGAGUUAUUCAAAAAACCCUUGAUCCAAGUCACAUGUGGAGACCUCGGAACUACAGCAAGAGAAGUUGAAAAGGCCCUGGAGAUGAACUUUGCGUAUGCAAAUAAAUGGGAUUGCAUUCUUCUUCUGGACGAGGCUGAUGUUUUCCUGGCGGGACGGACUAAAGAGGAAUUCGUCCGAAAUGGGCUCGUAGCGGCCUUCACGUCACGUAUUCAUGUCAGCCUGUACUACCCCGAGCUGGACCUGGGCAAAACCAACCAGGUUUUCAAAAUCAAUCUGGAAAUGAUCAGACAGCGUUUCAAAGAAAAAGGCAGAACCAUUGUCAUCGAUGAAAUUGAAAACUUUGCCUCCAGCCACUUCGUCAACUAUCCAUUCGCACGUUGGAACGGGCGUCAAAUCCGUAACGCAUGCCAAACAGCUUUGGCGCUGUCGGAGUUCGAAGCCCAGGGAAGCAAUCAUAAGGUCAUUGAAGCCCCCAAUUCCCUUGUACAUCUCAAAAUAUCACACUUCGAAACGGUCCAGAAGGCCUAUCUCGAAUUUACAAAAUACAUGGACGACCUCUACGGCACAAACACAGCACGCCGCGCCAAGGAGGGAAAGACGCGAGCCUACAGGGUUGACACAGACCAGAGCAACAAAAUCUACGAAAAGAAAAGCAUGGGCGGUUCCCUGAUUGAAAAGAGAGCAGCGGACUUCCUUGUUGCAAGUCAGGAGCAACGUCACGCUCAAAACUUCCCAGCCUACACGGCCCAGCAACAGCAACUACCGCAAAAAGGACCAAACUCGAUGUCAGCACCUCAACAGCAGCAUCACCAGCAGAUUCAAAUGCAGCAAAUCCCUAUGAAACACGCCUGGAAUAGCCCCGGGGCCAAUUUUCGGACCGAUAACCAGGGUCAAGAGGAAGUACAGACCGGUCUCCUUUCCCAACAAAGACUUCCCACGACGCCACCUCCACAUGACGCCACCUCCACCACAAAAUCAACAGCAGAAAUAGGCACAGAAAGAACAGACUAAUAAUUCUCAAUAUUGGCCUGGACUCAGCCAAGGUGUCCAAUCCAUGUACGCGUCGGGUAGCCCACAAGGGGCGGGACAGAUGCCGACCGGUGGAAAUCCUGCGGGUGGAAAUGGAUAGUCUGUUGUCUCUCGACUUCUGCCUAGCAACUAUUAUUCCUUGAAUUUCAUUUCACGUCACGAGCAUGAGACGCUUUGCUCUUUUUCCGUUAUGAAGACGGUUAGGCAAUACUCAGAGCUUCGAAGUGAUUAGUUGUUUGUCUCUAUAAUAUUCUGAUUUCAUCUUCUGUUAACUGUGCGCUCUGUGACAUAGGCUACAGACUUUGAGUAGGU